GAAUGUUAUGGUUGUUGAAGCAAAAUUGUAAAAAAUAGAGACACAAUAACAAUUCCUACACAUGGAAAAAAUCCGUGAAAUAAACGUGAGAAUAGUAUCUAGAGAAGCUGUGAAGCCCUCAAUUCCGACGGCUUCUCAUCUGAAAAACUUGAAAAUGUGUUAUACUGAUCAGAUGUUGCCUCUUGUCCCGCCCUUCCUGACCUCCGGUCUCGUGUUCUACACGAAUACAAAUGAUGUUCCAGUUGAUAUUACUCGUUUAAAAACUAGUCUAUCCAAAACACUUACUACUUUUUACCCUUUAGCUGGCCGAAUCAAACAAUCUACCAUCAAUUGCAACGAUCAAGGUGUACCCUUUAUUGAAACUCGGGUUAAUUGCCCGUUAUCCCUUGUGAUCAACUCUCCUAAGAUAGUUGACUUUGUCACCAAGUUUCUUCCCCCUCGAGAUUCACUCGGCAGCCUAAUUGGUUGUGAUAACGAUGAACUUGAACUGGAACUGGAACUCGUUCACCUUGCUAUUCAAGUUAACGUUUUCACAUGUGGUGGUGUUGCUAUAGGAUGGUAUGAUAUCCACAAAGUUAUGGAUGGAACUUCUUCCGCAACUUUCUUUAAACACUGGGCAGCCCUUGCGAGGCAACAGUCGUACUGUUACGAUGGUUUAACGCAAGCUAAUUUUGAUGCUGCAGUCACUGCCUUCCCUCCUUCGCCUAAAGCAGAGCUACUGAAGCUAGGGAAUGACUACGAUAUUCACGACAACGGUCAUGGAUUGUCGGACUCCUCUACUGUGGUCAAGAGUUUUAUCUUCACCAACAAUUCUGUAACCAAGCUUAAGGAUAAGGCUUCUAGCAAGCAGGUCCCUAACCCGACCCGCUAUCAGGCCUUAGCUGGUUUUAUCUGGGAGCAACUCCUGCUCAUCUCAUCAAUGCACUAUGAGCAUAAUAAUACUGAUACAAUACUUCAAGUUACUGUUGACAUGCGACCGUUCACGAACCCACCACUCCCUAGAGGUUCUAUAGGCAAUCUUAUCAACACUGCGGUGGCACGUGCUCAAAAUUCAACCAAACUCCCUCAACUAGUUCAAGAAAUUCAUGGAGUGGUUUCGAAGAUGAAGGACGAGAUUAAUAAGUAUCAUGACGACGACAAACCCGCAGAGGCAGUACGAGAAAGUUGGGAUAAUCUGAUAAACACAUUAUCAGAGUAUAAGGAUAGAGCCUACAAAGUUGUUAGUUGGUGUAAGCUUGGGUUCAAUGAUCUUGACUUCGGGUUCGGGAAACCACAGUGGAUGGUUCCUACAGAUGGGAUCAUGUCUCCCUUUCAUAAAAAUCUUAUUAUAUUGACUGAUUUUAAAGACUCAGAUGGUGAAGGGAUUGAAGCAUGGUUCUUCUUGGAGGACAAAGAUAUGAACAUUUUGGAGUCCAAUCCUCAAUUCCUAGCUUUUGCUUCUCCUCUUUAGACCAACUACUCUACAAAAUAUAUAAACCUAAACAUGCUGUUUGUAAUACAAGUAUUCGUUGGGAUUAAUUGUAAUAUUAAUUUUGAUUUAUGGAUGAAGAUUUGUGUGGUGUUAUAAUACAUUGAUGCCAGUUUUACGUCUACAAAUCGAAUUUAAUUCAAUCUCUAAACUACAACAAAUGGAAACACCUCUCGUUGAAGUUUGUAUCAAC